CUUCGAGCCAACAACGUCAACAGUGUCCAGCCCAGGCUAGUUGGCAUAGUUUGCCAUGGCACGAUGACACCUGAAAAAGCUCAGCAGGAGGUGAAUCUUCUCGUGGGUUUCUUGGCUUCCUACGCCUUCCGUGCCCUCACCAGUUCUGCUGAGGCGUGGCUGCGGCGGACCUGCCAUUUAUGCAUAUGUGGCCGACUUGCCCGUGAGGGAGCAGUCUUGGCAAGUGAACGUGGCUUGACAUGGCGGGAGGCCAAAGUGAGGCUUGAUUCCAGUGACGAUUUGCAGAUCUUAGCGCUGGCAACCCUCAGGCUCUUGGCCUGGCACUGGAUGCAGCCGAUUACUUAUGCACUGCUCCUGUACAGUUGGAGCGAUGAUGCGUACUUUGGCAAGACCUGGAAUCUACAGGCGGUUUUAGCUGCAGCGGUGCUGUUGAGGGAGGUGCUUUACUUCAUUUGCACUCUAUUCGCCUUGGUGCAAUGCCCGGCCUUUCUGUUGAUUGAUCUUGCUGCUACCUGGAGAAGUGGAGCUCGUGGUGAGGCCGUGCCAGGCCUUUGCCUGUGUCAUGAUGCCGGAGAAAUUUUUAGGCUGGAAGGGCAUAAAGAUUCUUUCCUCACUACCAGGAGGCAUCCAGGGACUCAAACAUACACUUCACUUGGUUUACUUACGGUCUAGGGCCCAAAAGGACAUCAAUAAAGCUUGUGCUGCCACAAGCCUAAUUACAUCCUGUUUCGCAUCGGUUGUGGGAAUUGAUUCGUUUUGAUGGGAGGUGCAUCAUUCGCAUUUGAGCGUUUGAGCAUGUCUCGUUUAGUUUACUUGAGCCAGCUCACGAACUCAAAAGCCACACCCGUUCGCCUCAACAAGGCUGGUACAUGCAAGGCUCUGUGCCAUCUCCACUAGCCGUCAGGCAUCGCCCCGCUCGGACCGUCAGAGAAGACAUACACGGUGGAUCACUGUGGGUGGCAACCUGUCUUUGCCUGACAAUUGCUCGCCAUGCACUUUGCUGGCAAAGCUCGCACCAAGCAUGACCAAGCUGCAAGCAGGUAGAGUACAAAAUGCUUGUAUGUUUAAGCGAACCAUGCCUUGAAAGCACAUGUGUUGUUUCAUAUUUGUUUUGGAAUUCACUGAUUUUGACGAUCUGGCAGCAUUGUAGGAGCAAAG